UACGUUAUUGUAAGAAUAUUGAAGUUGGACUUGGACAUGUGCCUGAAGACGCGCCUCUGCAGAAACAAGCCGAAGUUUGGUUCAGUCUAGUAGUGAUGGACGGCUCGGCGGCGACACCGACGGUGACUCAGCGGGACCAGUGGAUGGUCGAGCAUCAAGUUUUUCAGAUAUACGACCUCUUCGCUUCCCUUCCCCGCAACGCCAAGUCCGCCAUGUUGGAACUUCAGCGUGAUAAUCACAUGGAGUACCUCACCAAAGGUCUCAAACGACUCGACCCCUCGUUUUCCGUCUUGGAUGCCAAUCGACCUUGGAUUUGCUACUGGAUCCUGCACGCUAUUGCUUUACUGGGGGAGCGUGUUGAACCUGAACUAGAAGACAAUGUCAUUGAAUUUCUUAGUCGUUGUCAGGACCCAAAUGGUGGAUAUGCUGGUGGACCUGGACAGAUGCCUCAUCUUGCAACAACCUAUGCCGCGGUAAAUGCACUCAUCACUGUGGGUGGUGAGAGAUCUUUGUCAUCGAUAAAUAGAGAAAAGUUGUACACAUUCUUGCAGCGAAUGAAACAACCAAGUGGGGCCUUCAGGAUGCAUGAUGCUGGAGAAAUUGAUGUUCGGGCUUGCUACACUGCCAUUUCUGUUGCAAGUGUUCUUAACAUAUUGGAUAAUGAAUUGGUUCGGAAUGUUGGAGAUUACAUCGUGAGCUGUCAGACUUAUGAAGGUGGCAUUGCUGGGGAACCUGGCGCUGAAGCUCAUGGUGGGUACACCUUUUGUGGGUUUGCCACCAUGAUUUUGAUCAGUGAGGUUAAUCGUUUGGACUUGGCUGGUUUACUCAAUUGGGUGGCAUUUCGACAGAGCAGAGAAUGUGGAUUUCAGGGGAGAACAAAUAAAUUGGUUGAUAGUUGCUACUCAUUUUGGCAGGGAGGUGUGUUUGCGUUAUUACAAAGAGUACAUUCUAUUCUUGAUGAAGAACUUGGAAACCUGCAUUCUGGAGGAGACUGCACCAAUGAUCCCCAACAAACUGGUAUGACAUCUGAUAUACCCAAAGGGGAAGAAGGUUCAGGCGGGACAUUGUCUCAAGUUGAUGAGACUUGCCAUUCUAGGCUGGGAGGUCUGAAUGCUUCCUCUCCACUAAAUUUAAACAGUAUUGGCUAUAGUUUCAUCAAGCAGCCUGCAGAAGAGGAACCUCUUUUUCACAGUUUGGCUCUGCAACAAUACAUACUUUUAUGUGCACAGGUGAUGGAGGGCGGAUUAAGAGACAAACCAGGGAAGCCUAGGGACUAUUAUCACACAUGUUAUUCUUUAAGCGGCCUCUCAGUGUGUCAGUAUAGUGAGUCGCCGGACGAGGAUUCUCCACCAUUGCCCAGUGCAGUAAUGGGUCCCUAUUCCAAUCUCUUGGAACGCAUCCACCCUCUCUUCAACGUCGUCGUAGAACGAUACUAUGAAGCACAUGAAUUCUUUGCGACGUUCUGAGCCAAAUUAUCAAAUGCUUGUUUUGUCAAUCUGCAGGACCGAAAUGUAUAACGCAAACUGCAGUUUGUGAAUCUAGGACUGAAAUGUAGACUGCAAGUUAGGUUAGGACAAGUAGGAUGAUGAAUGGGCUUCUUGUAUCUCGCACUGGGUUUGAUCAGUUAUAAACUUUCCCCCAUGGGGGAGUGUAUUAAUUAAGAAAAUGUGAAAACCAUGAACUACUUGCUUUUA